CAUUAAUUGUUUAAUAAAUUCCAGGUGAAAUGAGUCUGAAACUGCUGAGAAAUGCAUCAGUGCAGCUACAGGCCACACAGUCUGUUGAAGCUCUCGAAAAGAAUCUUGCUUUGCUUGAUGCUUUCUCUAAAAAGUACAGAAAGAAUUUAUCUGUUUAUGAAGCGAUUCUUACGUCCAAACUGUCGCAUCCUUCUAGUGAUCAAAUAUGGGGCAAUUAUUGCAAAAUCAAAAAAGACUUGAUAAACAUCAUUGACUUUGGAACUAACGAAGACAUACAGAGACAUGCGCUGCAGAUAUGUCUUAACUUUUUAUUUGCAGAAAUCAAGUUCUGUUCAGCUGCGCCUAUUUUUGACACGUUAGUUAAAGAUUCGAUCGGUAACCUCUUGCGAUGUUUAUGCCUAGAUGGGCCCAAAAAGCUUUCAAUUACAUUUAUUCAAUUUUGUAAUAAGAAGCCAGACUAUAUAGUGUUUAUAGUAGCUGUCUUUAAUUCUAGUGGUUUUACUGAAUCUUUUGAGCUGUUGGAUACUACCCAGAGAGAUCACUUAGUAAAAUGCUUGCUGAAAUUCAAUUUCGAGAGUGCAAUUGAAUAUUGUAAGGCGAGUGAAGAUAGUACUUCUUUAAAGAAGUUUCCCUCUAAGUUAUCAAAAGUUUGGCUCACUGUUUUGACGUGGCACCUCAGCGUACAGACCAAAACUUUGAUUCUUACAAAAAUGCGUGAUAGAAUAAUACCCACUUUUGCAGAUUGCCGCGACUUAACUGACUUUUUGAUUAAAGUUCUCGAAGGUGAUUCCAGUAAGCUUAAAUUUCUGGCUUUGGAGUGUUUUUACGUUCUAGUUGCCAAAUAUAAUAUUGAAUAUCCUGGCGUUUACGACAAGCUACUUGCAAUGUGCUCUGAAGAAAGUUUUCAACUAUCCAGCUACACCACAAUUUUUCUUGAAAUUCUGAAGAAGUUUUUGAUGUCAACUAAGUUAUCUCUAGAAAUUUUGAAGCUAUUUACAGUGAGAUUAGGUCAUAUUGUGUGCAAAUGUGAGAGUGGAGUUAUUAUAUCUGUAUUAAACCUACUACAGGAUAUUUUAUUGCAACACAAGUUAAUAUCUUCCCAGCAUUACGACGGGCAACGCGAAGAGUUCUUGGAUGUUUUACUCACUUUAGAAGCGUCAAUGCAAAUGCAUUACAACCCUAAACUAAGAAAAGCAGCUGCAAUGUUUUUGAGAAACCUGGAUGAAAAUGAUGUGGAGCAAAUGUCCCAAAGUGUAGAUGAGCUUAUGGAAAAACUUUCGGACAAAGCAAUUAACAAAUCUGAUAUUAUGUUUAACGCUUUAAUUGAAUAGUUAUUUCUGUCUG